AUGUCUCAAGAUAACUCAAGAACGCCUCCGCGAGGGUCGGCAUUCGAACAACCAUACGACCCCGCGAAUGCUGUGCGCCAGUUCAAGGAGGACAGGCCAGAUAGCUACGACCGCGCCCGGUCGAGGUCUCCACGACGGGAGGGCAGGCCGCGCUAUACAGACAGAGAUAGGGAGGGCUAUGAAUCGCCACGGAGAGACAGAAGCCGUAGCCACUCACCAUAUUUUGGCGGCCCGCCGAAUCGGAACGUGAUACUAGAAGGACUUCCCUUCGAAUGGACUCAGGAAGACAUCUUCAACGAAUUACAACAUAAUCUACGGCUUGAGGGUUUGGAGGAAGUCAGAUUGAUUAAGGACAAACGAACCGGCUCUUCAAAAGGAUUUGCCUUCGCGCAAUUCGCCAGGAUAUCAGACGCAAGAAGGUUCCUCGAACAAUAUUAUCCCGCUUGUCCUCUCUAUGGCGCCUACAGUCCAGGCCAAUCCGCGAACGCAGAACCCACCAAUGUGCGGAUAGCCUAUGGCAGAGAGCGAGACGAUCGAGAGAGAGCUGGAAAGGGUGAAGAUGAUUGGAGAUGCGACGUUUGUUUUCUCCCCAACUUUUCCCAUCGCACACUUUGUUUUCGGUGUAAUGCUCCACGAACUCGGGCGAAUGCAAAUGGCCUUGUGGUGCCCCAGGCCAACAUGUCGGCAUUCUCCGGAUUUGCGACUACUGGUGACAGUGAUGUCUCUCCCGAUGGAGCCGCUUCUCAAUUUAUCCUCCUCCGCGGGUUAUCCGAGGGAGUGAACGAGGAGCUGCUUGCAACUGGUGUCAAGAAGCUAUACAGAACAACGGCUAGCACUCCUCCGACUGAUGGAUCUGGAAAGAAGAGACAAAUUGCAUCAACCACCAAUGAUUCUAGUCUUGGCGCCAAAGAUGGAUCUCUACAGCGAGUUUUGCUGGUUCGUGAUAGGAAGACCGAUGAUUCCUGGAGGUACGGAUUUGCUGAAUUCAGUACCGUCGAGGAUGCAAAUGCAGCAAUGCUCAAAUACAACGCGUCAGAGAAAUUCACCAUUUCCUCGAAGCCCGUUAUGAUAUCAUAUAUCCACGCCGGAGUAUUCGUGCCUAUCCUCCAUUCAGUCAGUGAAGAGUGUGAGAAGUUUACCUUCAGCCCAUUGGGAAAUUCGGCCACCAAGCUUAUGUACUGGGACGAGGCGGCUUAUGCAAAGGAGCUUGUGACUGCCACCGCGCCUUCGAAAUUAACGACCAAAGCCAAGAAGUCUGAACAUACAAAACUGGCUUUAGCGGCGGCUAAAGAGGGUUUGGUAAAUCCAGGAACUGACAGGGAGCCGAAAGUCAAGAGGAGGAAGACGGAAAAGGAACCAGUUGUUGCUACUCAUCUUCAAUUCUGGAAAAACCGCCAUGCAGAGCUGCACGGACUUCCUCAGAAAGAGGCAGGGAACCAAGCAUCGGAAUUGAAGAAACCCGAAACCGAAGAAGCACCCCCAAGUCACACAUUUGCUGAUUUGGAACGCAAAUGCUGCCUGUUGUGUUCUCGUCAGUUCAAGACAGAGGCCGAGGUGAACAAACAUGAGCGUAUGAGCCAGCUUCAUCGGGACAACCUGAAAAAGGAAGACAUGGUUGCGAAGGCAAUGGCAAAGCUCAAGAAGUCUGGGGAUCAUGCAGCUGACAGCGCAUACCGAGACCGGGCGAAGGAGCGGCGCCAUGCUUUCAACCAGCCGAAACAGCCAGCUGCACAGCAUAGUCGAGGCAAAGAUUCAACGGCAAAAUCACCCCCGGAGAAUAAAACUGAAGAGCCCCCGAUCCAGUCAAAAGGUGCUGCGUUAUUGGGGAAGAUGGGCUGGACCGCUGGGCAGGGAUUGGGAGCCCAAGGAACGGGAAGGACUGAUGCAAUCAUGACUGAGAUGUAUUCUCAGGGCGUUGGUCUGGGCGCGCAAGGGGGAAAGAUUGGUGACGCUGUGGAAGAGGCACAGCGACAAACGAAGGGAUCGUAUGCUGAAUUCCUGAGCAAGACAAAGGACAAGGCGAAGGAGAGGUUCGAGAGUCUCGGCUAG